AUAGAUAUUUAAGUGUAUUUGGAGAUGAAAGAGUAGCCAAAAAAUGUAUUGUUUUCAGUAAAGAUUUUAAUUUGGAAAAUGUUAUUAAAGAUUUUGACCAAGAAUUGAGAAGUAAAGAUGAAUCUUUAGAAAUUUCCUUUGAUGGUUAUCAAUUUUUAGAGAACCAACUAAAAGAAGAGAUUGCAGAUUUAAAAAAGAAGAUUGAAGAAUCAAAGGCAGAGUUAGAAGAAAAAGAUAACAUAAUAGAAAAUUUAGAAGAAAGAGUAGACAUAGAAGUUGAAAUGAACUUGAAAGCACUAGACAAGUCCAAAGAAUAUCAUGAUAGAAAUCUUUUCAAUCUAGGCAUGGAUAAAGAUAAUGUUAUAUUUGAUUUGAUGAUAGAGAACCAAGAAUUAAGAAAGAAGUCUCGCUUAGCAAAGAAAACAAAGGAACUUGAAAAGGAAUUGAAAACUGCCAAGGAGGGGUUGAAAAUAGAAAGAGAAGAAGUAGCCAAGCUUCAGGAAAAAUCUGAAGAAUGA